AUGAUUGAUCGAUCAGCAAAUUUUCCGUCAUCUCCGGUCUUCGAGAUCUUCACCUCCCCAUCCCCCUCUCCCUUCGCUAAUCGCCGUUGUAAAAAUGACCGCCGACAACGCGUUAUCCUCCACCACAGAUCAACGGAAAACGGUUUGUGUCACCGGUGCCGGCGGCUUCAUUGGAUCGUGGCUCGUGAAGCUUCUCCUCGAACGCGGUUACGCCGUGCGCGGAACAGUUCGGAGUCUAGAUGAGGCGAAGAACAAACAUCUGAGGGAAUUGGAAGGGGCAUCGGAGCGGUUGGUGCUCUGCAAAGCCGAUCUGCUUGAUCUGGACGGGCUUCGUGAGGCGAUUAAGGGAUGCGAAGGUGUUUUCCACCCGGCUUCACCGGUGACUGAUGAUCCUGAACUGAUGGUGUAUCCGGCAGUUGAGGGGACGAGGAAUGUGAUCAGGGCGGCGGCGGAGGCUGGAGUGAGGCGGGUGGUGUUCACGUCUUCGAUUGGGGCUGUGACGAUGGAUCCUAAGCGCGGUGACGAUGUGGUCGUUGAUGAGUCAUGCUGGAGCGACCUGGAAUUCUGUAAGCAGACUAAGAACUGGUACUGCUACGGAAAGGCGGUGGCGGAGCAGGCGGCUUGGGACCUGGCCAGGGAGCUCAGGGUGGAUCUGGUUGUGGUGAACCCGGUUCUGGUGCUAGGCCCACUUCUUCAGGCGACUAUAAACGCCAGCGCGAUGCACUUGCUCAAGUAUCUGGACGGCUCCGCCAAGACCUACACCAACGCCGUUCAAGCCUACGUCCACGUCCGCGACGUCGCCGACGCUCACAUUCGCGUCUUCGAGGCCCCAGCCGCCUCCGGCCGCUUCAUCUGCGCCGAAUCCGUCCUCCACCGCGAGGACCUCGUCCGAAUCCUCGCCAAGCUCUUCCCGGAGUACCCCGUCCCAACCAAGUGCUCUGAUGAGAUUAAUCCAAGGAAGAAGCUAUACAAGUUCACUAACCAGAAGCUGAAGGACCUUGGCCUGGAGUUCACGCCCGCGGCCCAAGCUGUCUAUGAAACCGUGAAGAGCCUGCAAGAGAAAGGCCAGCUACCCAUCCUCUCCUAACACCAUAACACCAUAUAUCUGCUUGCGAGGUCGUCACUUUUUAAGUUUCUCUCAAUAGCAGUUUUAUAAGAUUACUAUGUAAUAGAAUAACAAUAUGAGAAAUGUUUCUUCUACCACCAUAAUUCAACACUAAUUAUAUACAUAUAAGGGUGCGAUGUUACCAUCACACUCUUAUCCCACACUUCUCUCAUAUAUAUAUAAACCUGUGUUGAAUUUUGUGGUGUAAGAAGCAUCUAUCUUCCUUAAUAUAUAUUGUGAACAAACUUGGUACCUUAUUGCUUUAAUUUUCAUCUUAUUGUGGAAACUUUGACAAGCCAGUUCUACUGGUGUGUUAAGCGGUUUUAUAUGCUGAA